CUCAACUCUAUUUCGUUCUUUUCGCAUCGACGAUCGGUCUGGUGAUCUGUCUUUUCCAUUACAGAUUUCCAGCGUGCUAUACUUGAACAUGGCAGGCAAAUAUAUCAUUCCUGCUGUAUUAGCAUCAUUUGGAGUUGCAUGGAUCUGUGAUACAUCUGUUUCUGACUCAAAGAUGUUUGGAGGCACUACCCCAAAAACAGUUUCAAGGAAGGAGUGGUUUGACGAGACCGACAAGAAAUUUCAGGCAUGGCCUCGUGCUGCUGGUCCCCCUGUGGUUAUGAAUCCCAUAACUCGCCAAAAUUUCAUCGUCAAAUCCCGCUCUGAUUCUUGAAGAUUUUUUUGGUUGAUUUAAUCUCAGUCGUAGACGGCGAGAUUUUUGCAGCACAGUGUUUGAUUUAUUUUGCCAAUUAAACUUUUUUAUUUCUCAAAAAAUAAUUGUUGAAGAAUAAAGCAAUCA